AUGAAGUCAAUUGGUCUAUUUUGUUUGCUCUGCGUUGUUCCUUGGGCACAGGCUCAGGACUCUAACCAGUCUGAGUCAAAGGAGGAUGAGAGUGUUGUGCCUUUCGCUUAUACAGAUGAUGCUGGUACUUAUACCCUCUUCAAUGACUUAAGGGUCUCAUGGUUCCGUGCCCAAGAAAUUUGUGUUAAGCAGAAACUGACAUUGGUCAGCAUCCCCGAUGCUACCACAUAUCAAGCCAUAUCUGAUUUUUUACUUAAGGCUCCAUUUACUAUAAACGAGCCCCUUUGGACAUCAGGCUCUAAUCUCGCUAAUGGAAAGCAAUUCAGUUGGUUUGGUAUCUACGGUGAAGCUUUUAGCUAUAAUAAAUUUGCCAAAAAUCCUGGAACUGCUCCUCGUUGUGUAGGCAUACAUGGUUUUUCUUAUAUCUGGACCGCCGAGAAUUGCAGCACCAAUCGCUAUUUUAUCUGUGAGAAACCUACAUGCCCAGAAUAAGUUUAGGAGAAAUUUAAUUUAAUAAAGCUUUUUAAAAAAUCUGA